GGCGUUGCCCUCACUGGGAGCCCCUCAAAGCGCCCCUUCCGGGCGGGUUUUGGGGGGGGGGGGAGCGCCCCCUGUGCGGGUCUCCGUCCGCCGGUGGCAGCCACGCCCUUCCUCCCAGAGGCCCGCCCCGGCCCCGGGAUCCCCGGCGCAGCCAUUGGCUCCCCGGCCUCGCCAGCGCCGCCCGACUCGGGGCGCGGAGGGCGUGCAUGGCGGCGGUGGGGCCGCGCGCGGGUCCCGGCUCCGGGGCCGAGGCCCUGGCUCUGGCGGCGGAGCUGCAGGGCGAGGCGACGUGCUCCAUCUGCCUGGAGCUCUUCCGAGAGCCGGUGUCCGUCGAGUGCGGCCACAGCUUCUGCCGCUCGUGCAUCGCGCGCUGCUGGGAGCGCCCGGGCGCGAGCUCCGCCGCCGCCCGCCUGCCCUGCCCGCUGCCCUGCCCGCAGUGCCGCGAGCCCGCGCGCCCGAGCCAGCUGCGGCCCAACCGGCAGCUGGCCGCCGUGGCCACCCUGCUGCGGCGCUUCAGCCUGCCCGCCGCCCCGGGCGAGCGCGGGCCCCCGGACGCGGCGGGGUGCGCACAGCACGGCGAGCCGCUCAAGCUCUACUGCCAGGACGACGGGCGCGCCAUCUGCGUGGUGUGCGACCGCGCCCGCGAGCACCGCGCUCACGCCGUGAUCCCGCUCGACGAGGCUGUGCAGGAGGCCAAGGAGCUCCUGGAGUCCAGGCUGAAGGUCUUGAAGAGUGACCUGGAGGACUAUGAGGUGUUUCGUUCCACCGAAGAGAAGGAGAGCAAGGAGCUCCUGAAGCAGAUGGCAGCGGAGCGAGAGAAGGUGGGGGCAGAGUUUCAGGCCCUGCGGGCCUUCCUGGUGGAGCAGGAGGGCCGGCUCCUGGGCCGCCUGGAGGAGCUUACCCGGGAGGUGACACAAAAGCAGAAUGAGAACCUGGCCCAGCUCGGGGGCGAGAUCGCCCAGCUAUCCAAGCUCACCAGCCAGAUCCAGGAGACAGCUAGCAAGCCCAACCUUGACUUUCUCCAGGAAUUUAAAAACACUCUGAGCAGGUGCAGCAAUGUGCCGGCCCCCAAGCCCAGCACAGUCUCUUCCGAGAUGAAGAAUAAAGUCUGGAAUGUUUCCCUCAAGACCUUUGUCUUAAAGGGGCUGCUCAAGAAGUUCAAAGAGGACCUGCGUGGAGAGCUGGAGAAAGAGGAGAAAGUUGUGUGCAGGGGUGAGGGGAAGCAGGAAGAAACGGAGGACAAGGGAGGUGGUUCUUACUCCUGCAGAAAUCUGGUGGAGCUGACCUUGGACCCGGACACGGCCAACCCCCGCCUCAUCCUCUCUCUGGAUCUUAAGAGCGUGCGCCUGGGACAGCGGGCCCAGGACCUGCCCAACCACCCGCGUCGCUUUGACACCAACACACGCGUCCUGGCGUCCUGCGGCUUCUCCGCUGGGCGGCACCACUGGGAGGUGGAGGUGGGCUCCCAGGACGGCUGGGCCUUCGGCGUGGCCCGUGAGAGUGUGCGCCGCAAGGGCCUCACGCCCUUCACUCCCGAGGAGGGCGUCUGGGCGCUGCAGCUCAACGGUGGGCAGUACUGGGCCGUGACCAGCCCUGAGCGGACGCCCCUCAGCUGCGGCCACCUGUCCCGCGUGAGGGUGGCGCUGGACCUGGAGGUGGGGGCCGUGUCCUUCUACGCCGUGGAGGACAUGCGCCACCUCUACACCUUCCGUGUCAACUUCCAAGAGCGUGUGUUCCCCCUUUUCUCCAUCUGCUCCACAGGCACCUACUUGCGAAUCUGGCCUUGAGACAUUGCCCGGCCCCCAGAGGCAGGGGGCCCGUCCAGAGUGAAGCCUUCUGGCUGCCAGGGGGAGGGAUGGGAGCUCCGUCGGGGCUUCCUGCUCACUUUGGGUCUGCCCUUCACCCCUCCUGCCCCCGGCUGCCUUAGAGAGGCUUCAGGAGGCCAAGCGGCCGAGGCAGAAAGGCCCCAGGGCCUGUCCCCUACCGGGCAUGUGGAUUUGGUACCAGCUGCUGGGGUGGGGGAGGUGGGGGGAGAGGACAGGAGCCCAGCUGUUGACAGGGCUGCUUCCUGUUCCUGGGCCUCACUGCUCAGCCUCAGCAGCACCUCUGGCUCCCUGGAGCGACACCAAGCCCCGGGCCUGUGUUGUCCUCAGUUGCAAGGGGCACAUUUGGGGCCAGGCCAGCCAGGUUCAUGAUCACUUCUGUUUUGCCUUCUUGUCAGCUGCCAGCUGCCUUCAGAGACCUGAAUCCAGCUGGCCUAACCAAAUCGUCCUCUCAGGGAGGAGCACUGUGCUCCCGGCUCAAAGGACA